AUGCCUCCGGGGUCAAGUCAGAAGGGAACCGGCAAGAAGAACUCGGCCAUACCCAAGCAGAGCCGCAACACGACACCGGCCCCAGUCGCGACAGCUAGUCUCCCGCCGCAGGAGUUUUACGAUCCCGACUAUCUCAACACUAGAGUUAUACUUUUUCGCAACCUUACAUACGAUGAUAUCGUCGACCAAUCCGCCUUGAAUGCGACCAUCCCAGAUUCGAAGAGCCUCGAUGGCAUGAUUGAACGGUUAAAAAGUUUAACUAAUAUUAUGGAAAAGCGCUCAACAUUCUAUGAUCGCGGUAUGAGACACUUGGCGGACGAGCGCAAGAAACGACCGUCCGAAGAUUAUGGGAGCCGUGCCGAUGGUGAACAAGAGGGAAAACGACCAAAGCACAAAAGAAAGAAGCCUGAUACACUGGCACCACAGGAGACCAAUAUUGAACGUUCAUCACCGAUGCGAGAUUCGAAAAACCGCAAACAAGACCGCGACCCAAGUUCUCCCUUAUCCCCCGCACACGCCGGUUCACCCUCAGCGAUGGAUGUCGACAAGAAGGCCAAAACCGAAGAAAAGGAGGAUGAGGAAGAGGAAGAAGAAGAUUCAAGCUCUGAGGAUGAGGGUGCGCCGCCUCGUCGCGAACAGCCUCAAGCCAUGACCUUUGGCGAAGAUCCUUCAACUUUCCCUGAUCCCACCAUCUACGAAAUUCGACCGACGUAUCCCGGAAUGCCCGAUGAGGAGCGCAAAGAAAUUUACUCCGUCGCAAGAUAUCCUCCGUCAGAUCUUGCCGAUCUCAUAGCGGGCGAUCCACCGGACAAGGACUUCAGCAACGCAAAGCCCAACAGUCAGAUCAACUUUACCACUUUCUCAACAUAUGUUGAACCGUACUUCCGACCAUUUUCCGAGGAAGACCUAGCCUUCCUACGAGAACGAGGAGAUCGCGUGACACCCUUUGUCAUGCCUAAGCGCGGCAAGAGACAUUACACAGAAAUAUGGGCUGAGGAAGAUGGUGCCAUGUCGAUUGAUGCGCCACAACAAGGGCGCGAUAAGCUACCGCAGAACCAGCCGCGAGGAAGCAUAGACAACAUGGAUGAUGAUGUUGGGGAAACAGAUAAGCUAUCUGUUGGCCCCUGGUUGACCCGGUUGAUGCAAACACUUCGCCCAGAAGCUCGAGCACAGUCUGCAGAAGACAAACCGACGACAAAUGGCACUACCAAUGGAGACAUCAGCAUGAACGGAGAUGCGGAUGCCGAAGACAAACCUGCAAGCUUGGACGACAAACCGGUUCAACAGCCUGCGGCCUUCAUGCCCGAAUCAUCGACCGAGUCUUGGAAGAAGGCGUCGCAUCCGAAGCUGGAGUAUUCGCAGGUUGAUGAGCGUAUCAAGCAAGAGCUUAGACACAUUGGAUUUCUACCUCUGGAAGGAUUUGAAGCAGAGUACGACGGCCAUUACGAUGAUGAAGUGGCAGCGAGACUGCGACUUUUGCAAAAUCGACUCAAGGAGCAAAUGUUGAUCAAUGGUGCGCGCAAAUCUCGCCUUACAGAUCUUGUGCGUGAACGCAUGGCCUAUCAGGAAUACCAGACAAUAUUGGAGGAUCUCGAUUCUCAGGUACAGGCCGCAUAUCUCAAGAGAACUCGGACUAUAGGUAAAAGCAAAAAGACAAAACGGCCUGGAGGUGCGGGCGGUGGUAGCCACUUCGUGGGUGGUGCUGCGGGUACGGCUCGACCUGGCAUUGGCGAUCUUACGAAGACACUUAUGGAGCGCCGCAAGCGAUGGAUAGAUACCAUUGGAUCAGUGUUUGACGAUGAAAGCCUGCGCAAGGUUCCGAGAAUAUCAGAUCCGGAGAGUUCUAUCUUUAAACCGAUGGACAUGACCAAACUAAUGAACAAAGAAAAGGAGCAGUGGGAUGAGGAAGUGGAGGAGGAAUAG